AUGGCUGCUACAGCAACUGCAUCCUCUGCGGGUCCCCGAUAUGCACCGGAGGACCCGACUCUCCCCAAACCAUGGAGAGGUUUGGUUGAUGGUAAAACUGGCUACCUUUAUUUUUGGAAUCCGGAGACCAAUGUUACUCAGUAUGAGAGGCCUACUCUGCCAAAGUCUUCUCCAAUACCCAUCAUUUCUUCUGUUCAAGUUCACCAGUCUUCUCGUCGGGGGUACAGCCCCCUGUUAAGGAAGAUGAUAGGUAUGGAAGACCCAACAAUGCUGCAUCAAAACCUGAUGCUUUAA